AGCACAAAACACGCAAAGUUAAUGUCCACUCAUGUUGAAUGUAUUUUAUAAUCAAACACAAAUCUAUAGGUUUAAUUUAUAUUUCGUUAACAACAAACUUUGCGCAAAACCUGCGCAAGCUUGAUUUCCUGCACACCGAUGCUAAUGAGCUAACUGCACUCUUCCUGUGUGCAUUCGUCAGAAAGAUAAGUGCGACUCGUUUAUCGUCGCCAAACCUCAAAUAUGACGACAGUAAGUUGAGUUUGGAAACAGAUGGAUACUCGCAACCAUUUAUGUCAAGGGCAAUUGCUGGGAAAGGUCUAAAUUCAGACUCGAACGGCUUAAAAAUAUAAGCUAAGCUACAUGUUAACGUUGCCAAGACCAGGGUAGUCUCUCAAGGGGUAUAGCUGGUCAACUCAAAACAGAGGUUUUUUUUUCUCAGACGGAAAUAAACUCUCUUUCCAGAGAUGUCGUGGUUCAAUCACGUCAGUCAAGGCUCAAAUCAGCAACAGCAGCCCACUGACAGACUCUCAGCCACAGACAUGUUGUGCAGCACCCUUCACUCAAGGCAGAAAGAGGGGUCACCGACCAUGGCAGCACAACACUGGACCGGCUUUUCCACUCCCAGCCCGGAGGACUUUCCAUCAGCUCCACGGGGAGUAGUCAGCCCUCUCAGCCUUGAGAACCUGCUCUGCGUCUCUCACAGCGCAGGUAGGAUGAAAGAACUGGAGCCCAUCUCCUAUGUGAGCCUCCAGGAGCAGCGGUGUGUCCUGAGCUGGUUCCAGGGCUGGACCCCUCCUCAGAGGGAGCGCUUCAUGCAGGACCUCCUGGGGAAAGCUGUACCCGGGAAAGUGUGCACCCUCCUAGAUUCUCUCAGCACUCUUCAGGUUAUGGACAGACUACCAAACAUCUUUGAGUGCCAGCUGCGCCUGUGGUCCCAGUGGUUCGAGUCUUGGGGAGAAGAGGAAAGGAAUCAUUUCCUGCACAUUCUGGAAGAGCGGGACCCAGUUUUUGUUGCCCACUUUUACAGGAGCGUAGCCGGUACAGCAGGAAGAGAUUGACCAAUGUGAUGGGAAAGCUAACAAAAUGGGAACGUGUGUUAGGUUAGGAUAGUUUUUCUUACAAGAAAUGUUUUUGUUACUGUGAACGGAUAUAACGUUGAAGGCAAACCAUUUCAUUGAAAACACAGAAGUUUUCUUUUAAUUUAAGCUGUUAUUAUUUAGUUUCCUUCAUCAGUUUGGGCUACAUCCAACGUUACACCACUUUUUUCUUUUUAUAAAUAAAGUUCCAAACUUUU